UCGCACACCGCGUUAUACGAGUAUAAUAAAUAUAUAUACAUUUAACAAUGCUUAAGUCAACUUAAAGUAACACAUUCGUAAAAAUUCUUCAUAAUUAAUGCCGGCUAGAUAUCUUACAAAUUAUAAUAUAAAAGAAACACAUUUUUGUAUACAGACAGCUUUAUUGAGAGGUUAGGAACGUGCACGUGAGGAUACGUUGAGAAGGAUGCGACAGAUAGAUGAUAAAAUAAUUUACAUGCUCAACACCACAAUUCCUACCGAGUCGUUCAAAGGCCAGGUGGAUCCUACCACGCAGUGUAAAGACUUGUUCCAGCAAAUAGAAUCCGAGCAUAAUCAAAGGACGCAAGCGAUCACAAGAUGCGUGAACAUCACCAAGAAAAGGGUGAUGCAGUUGAAGGAUUUGAGAGAGAAGAACGGUGAUGAAAGUCUAACGUUAGCAAAGGAUUUGAGAAAUGAACAGACCAAAUUGAGAUUGUUACAGUCCGAGCUCAACAUAGAGGAGGUUGUAAAGAAACGUACGAUACAAGUUUAUUACGAGAGAUGCCGUGGAUUCUAUAAGCCAUCAUUGCACACAAACGCAUAGACUUCCCAAAUAAUUUGAAUUGGUGUAUGGUUAUUUGAGCGCUAUUAUCUUUGAAUUGUUACAGUAUAGCUAUACAUAGUAAUUUUGUAAACGUCAAUACGUUGUUUCUUGAAUCAUUGUUAUUUUAUGAUGUACAAUAUAUAUACCGAUUCUCUCAGGAUUUAUUGUAAUUAUUCAUUAUGUACAAGAACAGUUGUACAAGGAAAGUAACGCAAUUUAAGGAGAUUGUAUAUUCAGAUAUUUUACAUUGUAUAAGCAAUUACAAUGCUUACUAAAUCUAAUGAGAAUCGGACAUUGAUUAUAUACAGUAUACAUAAAUCAAUAAUUUACAUAAAUGUAAAUAAAAUAUAAUUUUGCAAUAAUGUUUGUAUAUACAUAGUAUGUAUUUUGCUGCUGUGUUAUUACGAAAGAUUGCCAUUUUAAGGGACAGCCUUAUAUAUUAGUACAAAUCAUUAAACCAAUCAAAACUAAAUGUUUAUUACUUUAUCAAAAAUAUUUUUAAAAUAUCAUUGUGGAAAUAUCAUUUUGAAACAAAAACGAUUGAUAACGUUUAUAAUAUUUGUCUGCGCUUCUCAGAAAAAAAUUUAUCCUAAAGAGAUUUCUACAUUUCCUGAGUAUUUACAUAAUUAUUUA